AUGGUGAGUAUGCCCCAUAAUGAAUGGAAACACAUUAUUCCCUUCGGGUCAGUGCACAGUGCAGCAGUUAUCAAUUCGGCUCUAAUUACACCACAGACUGUAAUUGAGGCCUCUCCUGCUGUGUGUGAGGAUUUUCUUCACUACUUCAUUGAUAAAGUCACUUCUUACAGAGCAGUUAUUUCACUUACUGCUUAUGAUCCUUCUAUGUUUGUCCCCUGUACUGCUGUGUUUGAUACGUUUGAGCCUCAGCGGCAAAGCUUCUCCGGCACCAGUGUCACCGCAGUUGUGCACAUCUCCUUUGCUAUUACACCACACCAACAACCCGACAGGUGCUCCAGAAGUCGUCCUUCUAUUAGAUGCGACUGUGGCGAAGAGUUGGUGAAGCUUAAAAAGGAGAAGCUGGAAGUGCUGCGGAGGAUCGAGCAGGGGUUACAAGAGGCCAACAACCUCGCCCGGCCCACGCUGGAGGUGAAGAAGCCAAAGCUCCAGAUACUGGAAAAGCAAUAUGUUUUAACCGAAGCACAAUUUCACAGGCCAACCAUUUCUGUUCCCAUUAUAAUGCCAGGUCAAGCUGCACCUACAGUGACUGCAAUGUUGUGUAGCAUGGCUGUAACUAAUGCUUUUAUGCAGAUUUAUGCAGGCACCAAAAACGCAUCUUCCAAAGGCCAAUCGAGCGCUCCACCAAGUUGCAGAUGCUGCCAUUUAGGCAUACUGCUCAAGAUCAACAUGUCCCAGGUGAAAGAAAAGCUGCUGAUGGAGUCGAGCACAGGACGCUUCUCUCUCCUCUCAACGCACCCGGCGCUUUUUCUUCGUCCGGAGGACAGGAGUUACCCGCGCAGCCCGAAAUGCGCCCGCUGCAGGAAUCACGGGCUGGUUUCAGCUCUGAAGGGUCACAAGCGCUUCUGCCGCUGGCGGGACUGCGUGUGCGUAAAAUGCGCAUUAAUCGCGGAGAGACAGCGCGUCAUGGCAGCGCAGGUUGCCCUGCGGAGGCAGCAGGCUCAGGAGGAGCUGCAGAUGGUUUAUCCCGCCACAGGUGCGACCGAGAGCGGCAUGAGCCCGUCCAGAACACCGAUGAGCUCUUCCGCCUCGCCCGCGUUUGAAGCCUACAGUGCGGAUACGUUUAAAGACGAAAGACCUCUGAGUAAGUGCAGUGUGUUUGCUGGGUUCAUGAAUCGGGCUUUGUUUGCCCCUCACACACCUGCGGUGAUCAGUCCACCCAGAGAAAACGACCCGUUAAAUGAAAGCAUGUCACCUUGUCUGGAUCAUCUCUCACACAUCUCCUCAGAUUUAGAGUCUGGCGUUGAGUCUGAGAAACCUAAAGAAGAGCUGUUGGAGAUGAGCAGGCCAAACCCCACCGCAGUUCUGAAGAAGAUCUUCCCUCACGUGAAAGCAGACGCUCUUGAGUCGGCUCUUAAGAGCUGUUCGGGAGACAUCGUGAAGGCCAUCGAAGUGGUGCUCGGUGGUCCGGAGGAUCAGAGCUCAAACAGAGGUGUUACGUCGCUGUCUGAAAACCUGCCCAUCUCAAAUGCCAUUCAUUUCACAGAAGAUCCACUGAGACAUUUCACCUCAAAAUCGGCUUUCUCUCCCCUCCAAUCGUCAUCCACUAAGUCUUUUAGUGCUGAAGGCUUGUUGGGGUUAAACCCUCGGUUUGCGAUCGGCCCGCUGCGGCUCACCUAUUCAACUCCAAACUUUAUUCCACCAUACCUGGCAUCUGGAUUUCUGCCAGCGAUGACCCUGCGGUCCCCAACAGGAUAUUCGUUCGGCGGUGUGCUGCGGGACCUGCCUUACCCAAAAGACACAUUCAACCCCCGGAGCCUGUACCCCACCCUCAACCAUGGCAAAUAACCCAAACACACCCAAAAACACUUUCAGCAAAUGAAAUAAUUAUAUUUCUGUAAAGCUGGUGCCUCAAUCUAGGCUAUGUUUGUACCUUAUUUCAUUUUUAACUAAAUAGCUCACCGGUUAGAGCAU